AUGCAGUUCAACAGCCUCCUCCUCGCGCUCGUCGCCGCCUCGGCCGCCACAGCCAAGCUCUUCCCCCGACAGGCCGGCGCCGCCGACUUCGGUGCGUGCACGCCGACGAUCGACUUCCAGCUGGGCCGCGAGGGCCGCAAGGCGGACGAGGGCACGUUCCUGCCGACGGACCCGCUCGUGGCCAAGGGCCAGCAGGACGCGCUCAACCCCAACAUCAUCACCAACCGCGUGUGCGACCAGCUCACCAACGUGUGCGACGCCAACGACGCGGCCAAGGCGCUGUGCGAGGACGCCAAGGCGCAGGUCCAGGCGCUCGGCACCAAGGACGCCAGCACGGCGGCUGCGUUCAAUGCCGCGCUGGGGUUCUAA